AUGCAAGAGCAGUUCAAUCACAAAGGGGUGGUCGAGUUGAAAGAGGAAGAAGAGGAAAUUCAAGAGGAAGAGGAGGAAACUCAAGAGGAAGAGUGCUAUAAAUGCAAGAAGUUUGGGCAUGUUAAAAAGGAUUGCAAGGCAAAGAGCAAUCUACAAGCUAAAUUUUCAAAAGAGAAAAAUGGUGAAGGGAAUUUAUUUUAUGAUUGUCAAGUUGCCUCCGAAUACAAGAAUGAAGUUUGGUAUCUUGAUAGCGGUUGUAGCAAUCACAUGACUGGUGAUCAAUCCAUUUUCUUGAACAUGGAUACUUUAGCUGGUUCACAAGUGAAAAUGGGAAAUGGAGCAUUAAACUUACUAAGUGUUGGACAACUUUUGGAACAUGGUUAUGCAGUCCAUUUUGAAGCUGGUAGUUGUACCAUUCAUGAUAAAGAUGACCGAAGUCAACUUGUGGCAAAGAGACUUGGGCAAUUAAACUUUCAUGGUCUCAAGUUGCUUCAACAAAAGAUCAUGGUUCAAGGUCUUUCGAAUAUUGAGGAAGUUCAUGAUGUUUUGCGAAGGGUGUGCACUUGGGAAGCACCAUCGAAAGCCGUUUCCAAAAGGGGUUUCUUGGAGAGCAAAAGAGAUGCUGGAAUUAGUUCAUACGGAUGUAUAUGGUCCUAUGAGAACUCUAUCGCAUGUUGGAAACAAAAGUUCAAAAAUAUGGUGGAGAAGCAAAGUGGGUACUAUAUUAAAACCUUGAGAAGUGAUAGAGGCAAAGAGUACAACUCUAAGGAGUUUGACAAGUUUUGUGAAGAUGAAUGUGUUGAAAUGCAGCUAACAAUGGGUUACACACCACAGCAAAGCGGAGUAUUCGAAAGGAAAAUUCAGACGGUGAUGGAAACGGCCAAGUCUAUGUUGCAUGAGAAAAGGCUGCCAAAGAUUUUUUGGGCAGAAGUUGUUUACACGGCUGUUUAUUUGAUAAAUCGUAGCCAAUUGAAGGGAUACAAAUUGUAUAACUUGAAGACAAAUCAAAUUAUAAUCAGUCGGGAUGUGAUGUUUGAUGAGAAUGCUUCAUGGAAUUGGGAACAAGGAAAAGUUGAAAAGAAAUGUGUCCAAGUCAAUGAAGAACAAGGAAGUGCUGCACAUGAAGGGGAAGAUAAUGAAGGCUCACCUCAAUUCUCACCAAGGUUAGCCUCACCAUCAUCUCCUAGACUUUCUCCAAGUUCAAGUUCUAGUUCAUCCACACCUAGCUCAACUCCAAUAAGAAUGAGGAGUUUGAGUGAUGUGUAUGCCCAGUGUAAUUUUUGUAUGGUGGAACCGGAAAGUUUUGAAGAAGCAAUUAAGAAUGAAACUUGGAUAAAAGCUAUGGAAGAGGAACUCAAUGAGAUUUUUGCUCCAGUUGCAAGGCCGGACACCAUUCGAGCUCUCAUUGCAGCCCAAAAAGGUUGGUCAUUGUAUCAACUUGAUAUAAAAUCAACUUUCUUGAAAGGAGAAUUGAAAGAAGAAGUUUACAUUGAACAACCUCAAGUAUUUGUCACAAAAAGGGAAGAAGACAAGGUGUACAGAUUGAAGAAAACAUUAUAUAGGCUGAAACAAGCUCCAAUAGUAUGGUACAGUCAAAUUGAUUCUUACUUCAAUGGAAAGGGGUUCAAGAGGAGCAAAAGUGAUUCGACUCUAUAUGUGAAGACUCAAGGUACAUCAAUUCUUAUUGUUGCCUUGUAUGUCGAUGAUUUGUUGUUUACUGGUGAUAAUGAGGAGAUGAUAUUAGAUUUCAAGAAACAAAUGAUGCAAUGUUAUGAAAUGAGUGAUAUGGGCUUGCUACAUCAUUUUCUUGGAAUUGAAAUUUAUCAAAUUGAAGAGGGUGUGUUUAUCUCACAAAAGCAAUAUGCUAAAAAUAUUUUGAAGAAAUUUGGGAUGAAUGGGUGUAAACCCGUGGCUACUCCUCUGAUUGUAAAUGAAAAACUCAUGAAAGAAGAUGGUGAAAAGAAGGUUGAUGCCACUUUAUAUAGACAUUUGGUUGGGAAAUUAUUAUACCUCACAGUUACAAGGCCUAAUAUAAUGUAUGCUGUAAGUUUGCUCUCUAGAUUCAUGAACAAUCCCAGCCAAAAUCAUCUUGGUGCUGCAAAGAGGGUUUUGAGAUACAUUAGAGGCAAAACCAGCUAUGAAAUCAAGUAUUGCAGAGAAGCAGAUGUGAAACUGUUUGGGUUUUGCGAUAGUGAUUGGGGCGGCUGCAUUGAUGAUAUGAAAAGCACCUCCGGAUAUAUUUUUUCUCUUGGUUCUGGAGUAUUUUCUUGGGGCCUCAAAGAAGAAGAAGGAACUGAGAUUUUCUGUGAUAACAAAUCAACCAUUGAGAUGGCCAAAAAUCCAAUAUUUAACAGCCGCACUCGACACAUAGCAAUCAAACAUCAUUUCAUUUGA